AAUCAUUUGAUUUUAUUUUACUCGUUAAAUUUUUUACUUGUGUUACGUUACCAUGUACUCGUUAGUAAUAGUAAUAACUGUACUCGUAUUGUGUAGCAAUUUGAAAAUUGCUCUGAGUGAAACGCAAGAACUCUUAGAGCUUACCCCAGAAAGUAGACCUGCAAUCCGGCGAAGAUGGUAUCCACAACCUGAAGAAAUUACUAUAACCUACAGACCUAAUGCUUUGGACGGAUGUAGAAAUUUAGUAGGAACCAGCAAGCCAUCUUUAUGUUCUGUGGAUUCAUCUACACCAUAUUAUUAUCCUAGAAGUUGUAGUGAUAUCCUACAAAGUGGUGGUAAUAGAUCUGGAAUAUAUGUAAUUAAGCCCAGGGGUAGCAAAGAACCCUUCGAAGUCCUUUGCGACAUGGAAAUUCAAGGCGGGGGAUGGACAACAGUUCAGAGAAGGUUCAAUGGACGUGAAGAUUUUUACCAACCGUGGAGAGCUUACAAGUUUGGCUUUGGAACUUUAAAUGGAGAGUUCUGGCUGGGAUUACACAACAUUUAUCAGAUGACAGGAUCUGAACAGUAUGAACUGUUAAUAGAACUUACUGACAAGGAAGGGAUAACAGGAUAUGCCCGUUAUGCAUCGUUUGCUAUAGCCGGUGAAAAGGAUGGGUACAACUUGACUAAACUUGGUGCAUAUUCAGGAAAUGUUGGUGAUGCACUAUCAGGACAACUCAAUGCAAAAUUUUCUACUUUAGAUGUGGAUCUGGAUGGUCAAGCUGGAGAUUGUGCUAAAACUUUUGAGGGAGGAUGGUGGUAUAAAGACAACAUUUGCUACGUAUGUUGUCUGAAUGGAAAGGUGCCAACUGUUAUUUUCACUGAUCAGCAGAAAUGGAACGGAAUUAACUGGGAUGGAUUCCGAGGAAAAGAGUACAAUUUAUCAGGAUCAAGAAUGUUGAUUCGUCCUGUUAGUUCGAUUUGAGAAAGAGGAAUUUAGCUUAUAAAAUACAAAGUUGAAUAAUACCAUGUUUUACUUAAAAAAAUA